GAACCAAUAGGAAGAAUGCAGAUUCUUGACAAGGCUUUGGCACAAGCCAGGAAAAAGAUAAUUUCAUCUGCAAAACUACAGUUAUUUCAAAAACAUCUUCGCCCUAUUCACAAGAAGAAUCCUGAAGUCCUCAAAAAGAUACAUGGGCAGCUCACAAAGCAACUAGACAGUCACAUCAGUGAGGAAGUGAUGUUGAUGUUUGCAGAAGAACAGAUGGAAAAAAUACUUAAUGACUUGGAUGGAAUAAUCGAGAGUCAGAAAGACAACGAAAAGGAAGCAUGGCGGCCAUCAGGUGACCCCCAACGAGACAGUCACGUGUACAAUAUCUCUGUCAAAGUGAAAGAGAAAGCACAGCUUGAACAUGUCAUCAGUCAGCUGGAGCAACAGAACACCCUGCUUAGGGAGCACGUGGCUCUGCGACAGAAAAAGCUUCUUGGCACUAAACGAACAGUGGAUACAGGAAUCAGCAAGUGGAGAGAGAUUAAUGAAGCAGCAAAAAGCAUUCCGACUAAGGACCUGGAACAAUUUGUACAGAAGUAUGGAAAAAUUGUGUGACCUACCUGACCUUUAAUCUGUUUCGGAUCUGUCGUGGAUUACUAUGCCUAUGACAUGUAGACUGGAGAAGAAUAGUUUCAGUGGCUUCUGGUUCUUGGUCAUUGCAGUGAGAAGUUUUGAAAGUUUAACAUCAUCAUACAGCUACUUGUUACUACCUCACAAGGUAAUAACUUAAAGUAGCUUUUGUAAGUGAAAAGGAAACAAAUGUUAAGAUGUCUUUAAAUAUCUAUAGUAAGACUGUAGCUUGGAGAUCUUUAUAUGUGAUUUGAUAAAUGCCUUAAAAGAAAUUUUCAGAUAUUUUUUGGGGACAUACUUUGUUCACUACACAUGUUAAAUCUUAUGAAAUUUUUCAUUCUAAGCUUGCCUUAAUUUUGAAUGGGGAAACUGCCUUUUUUCAACUGUAAAAAAAGUUCCCAAAACAACUUGAAUACAUUUUUAUACAGGAGGAGAGUAGUGAAUUAUUAUGUUGAUUGUAAAGCAAUAUGAGAUAGCGUUCAGAUUGAUGUGCUGGAUACUUGAUUCACUUUAUAAAAACUAUGUAUGAGGAGCAAAACGAUGAUAUAUGUCAACUUACGUAUUCUACUUCAAUGGUUUGUCCAGAUUAUAUCAUAAUCUUUCAUCUGAAACUGAGAAAUUGUGUAUUGUUACAUUUUACGAUGAGAGAGUAAAUCCUUUAAUCAAAAGUUUAUUCUGUCACUUUUCCUGUACUUAACAUUAAAUAGCCUUAUAUUUUGUGUUAGUCCCUCUUUAAAUUAUAAAGUCUUGUGUAUAAUGAGUAAUUGCUUUGUAUACCCAUGCUAUUAAUAUGAAAGUGACAAUGUAGUCAACUUAUGAAUUUGAAAGCAGCUCUGUAUUGAAAAGAUAUCACUCCAAAUGAAAAUUUAUAUGAUCAGUGAUAAAAUUUGUAGACGAUGUUCACUGUGGCCAGUUUUGAUAGAAGGAAAAGUCAACAACAAAUAACAUUUAACUUAUCUGCCCAGAUAUAUGAUGACACAGCAUGUUUACUUUAACUUGAAAUUGUAUAAAAGGAUGCUUUAUACACAUGUAUGACAGGUUUGUGAAGUUCAUGGCUCCAGACAACUGCUAACUGGUGACAUAUGGAGAAAUUUAACACAUUGCAGCGGCCAAGAAAUAUAACAGUAUAUGUAUAACAUAAAUCACUCUCUUGUGCCUAUGAUUGAGAUGUUGCAGGAGUCACUAUUUAUGGAGUACUGUUCAGGCAUAGGACAGAAGUGAGAUGAUCAUGAUCAGAGCAUGAUUCUUUCAUGCGUAUACAUAUGAAUGUAAAAAACACUAUAUUGUAUAUAUACAAAUGUAACAUAAAAAAGUACAUAAUGUUUGUAACACUGCCAUAUAACCAUUUGGUUAUGUCAAUUAUAGAUACGUGAAGGUGUACAUAUGUACACAUAUUAUUGAUACUUGUUAAAGGACUG